AACAAUAGCAAAAACAACAACAUACACAUCAUAUAUUGCUGACUUGUUUUCUUAGCUUUGACGUGCGUGGGCGAAUUUCUUUCGUUUUCGCAUUGAGAUAGAACCAAAAUUAAUGUAAAACUGCGUUAUUGUGUCUGCAUACACUGUGUUCUGGGCAACAGCGUUCGCGGGAGCCGCAAACAAGGCGAUUUUACACACUAACAACACAACAAUAUGGGAAACACCGAUUCCAAGCUCAACUUUCGCAAGGCGAUUGUUCAACUGACGCAGAAGAACCAAAAAAUCGACAACAGCGACGAACAGUUCUGGGAGCAGUUUUGGCAGGCGCAUCAAACGACAUUAGAGGAUGUGUUCGCUUUGGUGACGGCCAGCGAAAUACGUCAAAUACGUAAGGAUAAUCCUGCCAAUCUGGCGACACUCUGCUACAAGGCGGUGGAGAAACUUGCCCAAGCUGUCGACAGCAGCUGCCGAACCCAGGCUGAGCAGCAAUGUGUUCUCAACUGUGUGCGUCUUUUGGUGCGAAUUUUGCCCUACAUCUUUGAGGAUGACAAGUGGCGCGAUUUCUUCUGGAGCAAUCUACCUGCCCAGGAGCAGGCGAAUCAUGGCCAAACUGUCCCCCUGGCCCAGUCGCUGCUCAAUGCCAUUUGUGAUCUGCUCUUCUGUCCCGAUUUCACUGUGACGGCUACACGCCGUCCCGGGCCCGACAAGGCUGAGGAGCUGGCGAACAUUGAUAGCUGCGAGUAUAUUUGGGAGGCAGGAGUGGGAUUUGCUCAGUCACCGCCACACAAUGCGCACAUGGAGCGCCGCCGCACCGAGCUGUUGAAACUGCUGCUUACCUGUUUUUCGGAACCCAUGUAUCGUACACCCCAGCAAUCGGAGGAGCCCAACAAGUGGAUUGCCUACUUUACCUCGGCGGACAAUCGACAUGCGUUGCCACUGUUUACGUCCUUCUUGAAUACAGUGUGCUCCUAUGAUCCUGUUGGCUUUGGUGUGCCCUACAAUCAUCUAUUGUUUGCGGACACCACCGAACCGCUUGUGGAGGCUUGUCUCCAGCUGCUGAUUGUCACGCUGGACCAUGAUAUGGUGGUGCAACAGCAACAGCAACUGCAACAGCAACAGCAGCAGCAGUUGCAGCAAGCUGCUGGCGGUGUGUUGGUCACGCCCUACGAUGAAGGCGGCUGUGGGGAUAAUCUGUUCAUCAACUAUCUGUCGCGAGUGCAUCGUGACGAGGAUUUCCAUUUUGUGUUGAGGGGCAUCACACGGUUGCUGAACAAUCCGCUGGUGCAGAACUAUUUGCCCAAUUCGACAAAGCGACUGCAUUGCCACCAGGAGCUGCUGAUACUGUUCUGGAAGAUUUGCGACUACAACAAGAAGUUUUUAUACUUUGUGCUGAAGAGCUCCGAUGUGUUGGACAUUCUCAUACCCAUACUGUAUCAUCUUAACUACUCGCGAGCGGAUCAAUCGCGUGUCGGCCUCAUGCACAUUGGCGUCUUCAUUCUACUGCUGCUCUCGGGUGAGCGCAACUUUGGCGUGCGUCUUAACAAGGCCUAUUCGGCCACGGUGCCCAUGGAUAUACCCGUCUUCACUGGCACCCACGCGGAUCUGUUGAUCACAGUAUUCCACAAGAUUAUCGCCACGGGCCAUCAGCGUUUGCAGCCGCUGUUUGACUGUCUGCUGACCAUUCUGGUGAAUGUGUCGCCCUACCUUAAGACGCUCUCGAUGGUGGCUAGUGUGAAGCUGUUGCAUCUGCUGGAGGCAUUUAGCACACCAUGGUUUCUGCUGUCAGCACCCAGCAAUCAUCACUUGGUCUUCUUUCUGUUGGAGAUCUUUAACAACAUCAUACAGUAUCAGUUCGAUGGCAACUCGAAUCUAGUCUAUACAAUAAUACGCAAGCGACAUGUUUUUCAUGCCAUGGCCAAUCUGCCCACGGAUAUGGCUGGCAUUGCCAAGUGUCUGAGUGGUCGCAAAACAGGGGGCAAAUUCAAUUUGCCACGCGUACCGCAACGCAGACAAACGGCAGCAAUGAGCAGCCAAGAGCUGCCAUCGGCUCAAGUGCCCGAAGAUGAUUACGAAGAGGAUGACGAGGAUGCCGAUGAUGCUGAUGUGCGAUUGGAUAAAGAGUCGGUAGCCGAAGAGGAUCUGGAAUCCGAAACUGAGUCCCAUGAGCGCUCACAAUUGGGUGACUCGCAAGUUGAGGCAGGAGUCGUGCUCACUGCGCAACCCGCAGAGCCAGGCACGCUUAAGACAUCCCUGCUGGACACACCAGACAUUGGCCAAAUGACAGAACGUGAACAGGCACAUCCCAACGAGAAGACAGAGUUGGGAAGCCCCAGCGCUGGUGUCUCUAAAUCCGUAUCGCCAACACCAUCGCGUGAGGAUCAAACACGUCUAUCGGUGGCACAUCGCGGUAGCAUACGCAUGGUUCCGGGCGACGGCGAUCGCUGGACGCCCACUCCAGAAUGGAUAGUGUCAUGGCGCUCGAAGUUGCCGCUGCAGACGAUAAUGCGACUGUUGCAGGUUCUGGUGCCGCAGGUGGAGAAGAUCUGCAUUGAUAAGGGCCUCACCGACGAGUCGGAGAUUCUCAAGUUCUUGCAGCAUGGCACUCUGGUGGGCCUGUUGCCCGUGCCACAUCCAAUACUGAUACGGAAAUAUCAGGCUAAUUCCGGCACGACAGCCUGGUUCCGCACUUACAUUUGGGGCGUCAUAUAUUUGCGCAACGUGGAGCCGGCUAUUUGGUAUGAUACUGAGGUCAAGCUCUUUGAGAUUCAACGCGUUUAGAGAUUUAACCUAAGUAAGUGGAACACCAAAACAACAACUACUACAUAAUAUAUAAUUCAAUGCAGCAGCAACAUCAACAGAGUAGCUUAUCCAAAUACAAAAACGCUUUUGCAUUUAACGUAGUUAAUUUAUUUAUUUUAGAAUUCAUUCCAAACAAAACAAAUUUGUAUUAUCGUAAAUAUCAAUGUGUUUUAAGGGGUUUCUCCAGGUGUGUAGUCAGAACGAACCAAUCAUAAACCAAAUGAGGCUUUAUCAGUUCGCUCAUAGCUUAAGUGCUUUUUAUCUGUAAUCAGUUAUCAGACUCUAAUUGGCUUUUAAUCAAUAAUUAUAUUUUAUACACUUUCAAUUGUCCCUCUUUAUAUCUGAAAUUAUUCAUUUUACUCGUAGUGUAUUUGAGAUAAACAAAAUGUUCCUUGUGCCGUAAUUUGCUUAAGUAAUUUAUAUGUUUUGAUUUUAUCAUAGACUGUGCUUUUAGAAAAUAGUUUUCCAUCUAUUUGACAAAGUCUCAAAACGCUGAAGAAACCCUCAAAUUAAUAUUAUUUUGCUUCUACUGCUGGUAAUAAAAAUUCCAAUAUACACAAAUAUUUCAUCAUUUACAACUAAAUAUCAAAAAAAUCAAGCUUUAUUUAUUUGU